UUCACCGAAAACUUGCUACCUCGCGAUGGCGCUAACUUAGGGCGCCAAAUCAUACCUUCCGCGAAAUUCACCGCCACGCUUACCUUUUUUUCAUUUUUAUAUAGUAACUCUCCUACCUAAAACAACAAUUAAAACGCCCCAAAAAGAAUCUCAAAUCAUCCAGUUUCCUCUCAAGGUUUUCUCAAAACUAAAUUGUUCGUCAAAAUUCCGAACAACGGCGACUACUACACGCCAAAGCAUGGUGGUUCCUCUCGCCCCGGGCAAGUUCUAUGGUAGCAUUCUUCCACGGCCCCGUAUUUACACAGACACCAAGUUCAACCUCGAACGCGUAGACCCUCCGGUUUCAGUCCUUGAUCCGCUGCUCGCAUGGGCCAAUGAAGCCCAUUGGACAAUGGGUGGUCUCAGUUUCAAGCGCCUCCGUUUCCAAGGUCGCAUCGAAGGCAACGUCAAAAGACUCGCAGCCCAGCGCAAGAAGCUCCUCAAGGAUAGCCCAGAUAAGGAUCCUAAAAACAAGAGGGAUGCUUCCGUAUCACCCCCUCUUGCUGCCGUGGCGUUAAAAAGGAGAUUCUUGGAUCUCAAUGACGACGAUCAUGACGAGGAGGUGGAGAGUGAAAAUGAAGGCGAGGAAAUGUUGCUGAAGAGAGAAGAGGGGAGGGUGCUGAGGAAACGUGCGGUGAGGAAAUUGGGGGAUGAUUUUGAGAGAGUGGCGAAGGAUAUCGGCGUGGUGAGCAAAAGGGAUGGGAGUUUUAACGUUGGGAUAGGCGGUGAUGUGAUGAAGAUAGUACAAGAGGUUAAUGCUGAGUCGGAAAUUAAAAGAGAUCAGAAGAAGAGGGUUGGAAAGGGCAUGAAGAAGGGUAAGGGUGAGGUGCACAAUGGGGCAAGGACUUCUCCAAGAUUGGCAAAGCGUGGUUUUACUUCUAGAUAGAUAGAUAGAUAGAUCUGAGAUUCUUUUAUGGUUGUAUUGUUUGGUGUUCUCUGUUAUGAGUAAGGUUCAUCUAAUUUACAGUGAAUGCAGCUUUGUUUUCCAUGAAUACCUAAGAAUUGGUGAAGUAAUCAAGUUGACAUUACUUGCUCUAUUAGUUCAUCAAUGACCAUGAAGAUUGAAAUCCUAACCUUCAUAUUUACAACUUGAAUUGAAUCAACAUUCAUGUG